GCUACUCUGUUCUUUUGCUUUUAGAACAUUACAAUUUACAACACACAAGCAUUGGCCUCAUUGCCUCUGCUUUUAAAUUCCCUUUUCCCCAUUCUUUUAAAGUUCUUCAAUCCAUCAAAACCCAGCAUUUAGAUCUCUCUUUCUCUCGCAAUUCUUUUGUUUUUGUUUUUGUUCUUGAAAUUCCUCUGUUUUUGGUUCAAACUUUGAUGAACAGAUAGACAGAGCUCUGAAUCGAUCAUGGGGACUCCGGUGAAUAUCAUUGUCGGAUCACAUGUUUGGGUUGAGGAUCCUGAGGAUGCUUGGAUUGAUGGUCAAGUUACAGAUAUUAGUGGCAAAAAUGCCACCAUAUUCACCUCCAUGGAUAAAACUAUUGUUGCGACAAUUUCGAGUAUAUAUCCGAAAGACACGGAGGCGCCGCCGGCUGGGGUUGACGACAUGACGAAAUUGGCAUACCUCCAUGAACCUGGAGUUUUGCAUAAUCUAGCAUGUCGAUUUUCUCUCAACGAGAUAUACACUUACACCGGGAAUAUUCUAAUCGCCGUGAAUCCUUUCCGGAGAUUGCCGCAUUUGUAUGAUAUUCACAUGAUGGAGCAGUACAAAGGAGCUACAUUCGGCGAGCUUAGUCCUCAUCUUUUCGCAGUUGCAGAUGCUUGCUAUAGAUCGAUGAUUAACGAGCAAGGAAGUCAGUCCAUCUUAGUAAGUGGAGAGAGUGGUGCUGGUAAAACUGAGACAACGAAGAUGCUCAUGAGAUAUCUAGCGUUCAUGGGAGGCAGAUCAGAUACAGAAGGAAGAACAGUCGAGCAGCAGGUUUUGGAGUCCAACCCUGUGUUGGAAGCAUUUGGAAAUGCCAAGACCGUCAAAAACAACAAUUCGAGUCGUUUUGGAAAAUUUGUAGAAAUACAAUUUGAUAAGAAUUGGAAGAUCUCUGGGGCUGCCAUUCGUACGUACCUUCUCGAACGGUCGCGUGUUUGCCAAGUCUCGGAUCCUGAGAGAAACUACCAUUGUUUUUACAUGCUUUGUGCAGCACCACCAGAAGAUGUCAAGAAAUACAAGUUAGCAGACCCAAGGACAUAUCGUUAUCUUAAUCAAACAAAUUGUUACGAAGUGGCGAAUGUUGAUGAUUCAAGAGAGUACUUAGAGACGAGAAACGCCAUGGAUGUUGUAGGAAUCAGCCAGGAUGAACAGGAUGCUAUAUUUCGUGUUGUAGCGGCAAUACUGCAUCUUGGAAACAUUGAAUUCAUGAAAGGGAAGGAAUUUGACUCCUCCAAAGUGAAAGACGAGAAAUCAAAUUAUCAUCUUCAAACAGCAGCAGAGCUACUCAUGUGUGAUGUGAAGGCAUUGGAACAUUCACUCUGUCAGCGUGUCAUAGUGACUCCUGAUGGGAAAAUUACAAAGCCAUUGGACCCAGAUUCAGCAGCCUUGAGUCGUGAUGCAUUGGCAAAAACUGUGUAUUCAAGGCUGUUUGAUUGGAUUGUGGACAAAAUUAAUAGUUCAAUUGGCCAAGAUCCUAAUGCAGCGAGCUUAAUUGGUGUGCUUGAUAUUUAUGGAUUUGAAAGCUUCAAGGUCAAUAGUUUUGAGCAGCUUUGCAUCAACCUGACCAAUGAGAAGUUGCAGCAACAUUUUAAUCAGCAUGUUUUCAAGAUGGAGCAAGAGGAGUACACGAAAGAAGAAAUUAACUGGAGCUAUGUUGAGUUUGUGGAUAAUCAGGAUGUCCUUGAUCUCAUUGAGAAGAAACCUGGAGGUAUCAUUGCCCUGCUUGAUGAAGCCUGCAUGUUUCCAAAGUCGACUCAUGAAACAUUUGCUCAAAAGAUGUAUCAGACGUACAAAGGACAUAAGCGGUUCAGCAAGCCAAAACUUGCUCGAACAAACUUCACAAUAAACCAUUAUGCUGGAGAUGUUACAUACCAAGCAGACCAAUUUCUAGAUAAAAACAAGGACUAUGUAGUAGCAGAACAUCAGGCUCUUCUGAAUGCCUCACAAUGCUCUUUUGUUGCAAAUCUUUUCCCUCCACUUCCUCAGGAGAGCUCAAAGCAAUCUAAGUUUUCCUCUAUUGGUACUCGGUUCAAGCAACAACUCCAAGCUCUCAUGGAAACAUUGAAUACUACAGAACCACAUUAUAUCAGAUGUGUGAAGCCCAACACAGUCUUGAAGCCUGGAAUCUUUGAAAACUUCAAUGUGUUGAACCAAUUGAGAUGUGGGGGAGUUCUCGAGGCAAUUAGAAUUAGCUGUGCAGGAUAUCCAACGAAAAGAACAUUUGAUGAGUUCCUUGAUCGUUUUGGAAUGCUUGCUCCAGAUAUUUCAGACGGGACCGAUGAAAAAUCAGCAUGCAUGGCAAUAUGCGACAGAAUGGGCUUAAAGGGUUAUCAGAUUGGAAAAACAAAAGUGUUUCUGAGAGCUGGACAAAUGGCUGAGUUGGAUGCACGACGAACUGAAAUAUUGGCCAAUGCUGUCAGACGCAUCCAGCGGCAAAUUCGAACCCUUCUAACUAGGAAAGAGUUUCUCACCAUGAGGAGAGCUACAAUUCAUAUGCAGAAACAUUGGAGAGCGCAACUUGCUCGUAAGCUGUAUGAGAAAAUGAGGAGAGAAGCUGCUUCAAUCCGUAUACAGAAACAUGCACGUGCUCAUGCAGACAGAAAAGCUUACACAAAAUUACUUGCUUCAGCUAUAGUUAUUCAAACUGGUAUGCGGGCAAUGGCCGCUAGAAAUGAGUUCAGACACAGAAGAAGAACAAAGGCAGCUAUUAUUGUUCAGACUGAAUGGCGAAGGGCAUCAGCUAUUUCAGCUUACAAACAGCAACAGAAGGCAACUCUUGCCCUUCAAUGCCUCUGGCGAGCUAAAGUUGCAAGGAAAGAGCUUAAAAAACUAAAGAUGGCUGCAAGAGAAACAGGGGCACUCAAGGAGGCCAAGGACAAAUUGGAGAAGCGUGUCGAGGAGCUAACGUGGCGCCUGGAAUUUGAGAAGCACUUGAGGAUGGAUGUUGAAGAAGCCAAGGGGCAAGAAGUUGCAAAGUUACAAAGUGCUUUGGAAGAAAUGCAAGGGCAGCUGGAUAAAGCCAAUGCUGCAAUCAUACGUGAGAGAGAAGAAGCAAAAUUGGCCAUAGAACAAGCUCCACCGGUCAUUAAGGAAGUGCCCGUGGUUGAUGAGACCAAGCUGGAAAUGUUGAGAAAUCACAAUGAAGAACUUGAGGGGGUGGUUGGAGAGCUGAAGAAGAAACUUGAGGAAUUCGAAGAAAAGUUUGCUGAAGUAGAAAAGGAAAGUAAAGCGACACUCAAGGAGGCAGAAGAGGCACAAUUGAAAUCAAUGCAGCUUCAGGAGACUAUUGAGAGAUUGGAAUCAAAUUUAUCUAGCCUCGAGUCCGAGAACCAGGUUCUACGCCAGCAGGCUUUGGUUGCUGCAGACAAUGAAUCCCUCUCUGAUGAACUGCAAGCCCUCAAGAGUAAGAUCGGAAGUCUAGAGGCGGAGAAUGAAGUUCUUCGCAACCGGACAGUAGCUGUUGAGCACGUGUCUAUUCCUGCAGGGGUGCUUGCAGAAAGCAAGCCUUUGGAUAACGGACAGGCUUUAGAUAACGGGCAGGCUUUAGAUAACGGGCAUAUUGUGGAAGAAGAGAUUAAAGCAACUAAGGAACCACCUGUUGUUCCCGUCCUAGCUAAGCAAGGCUCGCUCACAGAAAAGCAACAGGAAAAUCAUGAUGUCCUGCUCAAGUGCUUAGCAGAAGACAAACGUUUUGACAAAGGCAGACCAGUUGCAGCCUGUAUUGUCUACAAGACACUUCUUCAAUGGAGAUCUUUUGAAGCAGAUAAGACCAAUAUAUUCGACAGAAUUAUUCACACAAUCAGAUCUUCUAUAGAGAGUCAAGAAAAUAUCAGUGACCUUGCAUAUUGGCUUUCAACCACUUCUACCCUUUUCUAUCUUCUUCAAAGUUCACUCAAGGCAGCCAAUACAAGUACUGCGGCUUCACAUCGCAACCGUACUUCCCCUUCAACCUUAUUUGGUCGUAUGGCAUAUGGUCUUCGAUCAUCUUCAAUGGGUAUGGGAAUUUCCAGUGGAUACAGUGGAAUGGUGGGAAAGACAAACAAUCAAUCUAAAGUUGAAGCCAAGUACCCAGCAUUGCUUUUUAAGCAACAUCUGGCAGCAUGCAUUGAAAAAUUGUUUGGGAUGAUACGUGAUAACUUGAAGAAAGAAAUUAGCCCUUUCUUGCAUCUAUGCAUACAGGCACCAAGAUCAGUGAGGGCCAGAUCAAUAAGAGGGUCAUCUAAAAAUAUCCAUUCAAAUAUUGUUGCAAAACAACAAGCAUCAAGUAUUCACUGGCAAAGCAUUGUUAAUAAUCUAGACCAGACCUUGGAUAUAAUGUCUGAAAAUCAUGUUCCCUCCAUGAUCAUGAGAAAAAUCUUCCUUCAGGUUUUCUCAUUCAUAAAUGUCCAGCUCUUCAAUAGCUUGUUACUACGACGUGAGUGCUGUUCCUUCAGUAAUGGAGAGUACUUAAAGUUAGGUCUGCAGGAGUUGGAGCAAUGGUGUACCAAAGCUACUGAUACGUAUGCUGGCUCUUCCUGGAAUGAACUUCAACACAUAAGACAGGCAGUAGGAUUUCUGGUGUUACACCAGAAGUCCCAGAAAAGUUUGAAUGAGAUAACAGAUGAAUUGUGCCCGAUUCUGAGCAUCCCGCAAAUAUAUCGCAUAGGAACGAUGUUCUGGGACGACAAAUAUGGAACUCAGGGGUUAUCUCCUGAUAUAAUUGGAAGAAUGAGAGUCCUAUUAGCAGAAGACUCCAUCAACAUCCCAAACAACUCCUUCCUGCUUGAUGUGGAUUCAAGCAUACCAUUUUCAAUAGAAGAAGUAUUCCGGUCCUUCGGCGAGGUUAACCUGUCCGAUAUCGACCCGCCGCCGCUCAUAAGACAAAGAUCUGAUUUCCAUUUUCUACUGCAGCAAGUAAGUGAAUGAUAUAUGAUAAUGCAGAAAUGGAAAGCUUCUCUUCAACUUAACCACAAUUGAGGAAGUUGAAGAAAUAAUACACAGCGCAGUUGAUUGGUUUCUCACAUUGCAUUUUUCCCUCUUGAUUUUUUU